AUGAGACCUGGAACUAUUACUACAACAAACAACAAAAUGGCUUCAACGCUUCACCUUCCAAGACCGAGAUCUGCGGCAAGUUCAAGAUCUGCGGCAAGUUCCGUAAAAAGUGUAAAAAGUGUAAAAAGUAGCAAAAGCGUAAGAAGUACAAGUCCAUCUUCAGUUGGAGGUAAUCGAGAUGAAAAAGAUGCUUUAAGACCAUAUGUAGAUGCCAUAUCCCAUAUGUUUAUAAGAAUAAGAGAAAAAGGAUAUAAUUUUUCAGCAGUAUCCGAUUGUAUCGAAGAAGAAAUAAGAAUGAAAAAUCAUGAACCAGAACAAAUAUUUUCAUGGUUAUCAAGUAAUCAAAAUGCAGCACAAUACGCUAAAGAAUCCGGAAACAGUGAUGCAGAAGCACCAUUACAAGAAUUAUUAGCAAAAACUACAAAUUCUGGAGUAGUUGAUGAGUUAAUAGAAAAUUUUGUUGAUAUGAAAGAACGAGGAAAUCAAGAUGAAACUAUAUCUCGAUUUGUUAACGAUUUUAUAAUUGAUAAUAAACGUCAACCUUAUCAAAUUUAUGAUUGGUUAUUAAAUAAUCAAAAUACUCCGCAAUAUAUAACAUUACUUGGAUAUUUUUAUUUUGAUGCGAUCGGAACUGAAGAAGAUUUAAAAAAAUGUUUUAGUUUAUUUCUUAGUGCUGCAAAAAUGGACUAUUCAAUAGCUCAAGAUUUACUUGCUGAUUGUUAUAAUUAUGGAUUUGGAACUCCAAGAAAUGAAGAGUUAAGUUUUAUGUGGUAUAAAAAAGCUGUCGAAAGUGGAAGUGUGAAUGCUGAAAAUG